CAACCAAUAUUCUGAUAUACGAAGCCAUAAAUAACCCAACGAAUACAAUGGACAUAUUUGAUGAAGAACAGUUGAUCAAGUUGAAACUACAAGCCUCGUGCAUAUUGAAAGAUCCGAAACAGAAACAACAAACACUUCAAGUGGCUUUACAUCGUCUUUUAUCGGAUAGUGAAGAGGAGUAUGAAGGAAAUGAAGAAAGUGGAAGCGGUAUGAUUUAUAUUGAGGCCAAAAUUUGGUGCAGAUGA